AGGAGGAAUGGCAGCUCCCUUAAGCAUAACCCCUCCUCCUCACCCCCCGAAAUCCUCUCUCAUUCUCUUUCCCAAUCUUCAUUCCUAUACGCAGACGGAGCGGGCGAACAACAGCACUAGGCUGCACCUAUAAUUCGCUCAGGGAAUUACAGCCUUUGCGCUACGGCGAUCUGCGAUAUUUUCAAGUAUUUGCACAGACGCGUAUAUGCAUGGUGGUAUAUAUGCAUGACUGGACUAUGGUGUCAAUACAGCAAGAAAAUAGCACAAAGACAUAAACCUACAGACUCCUGGAGUUACCUCCCUAAGCUCUGUGAAAAACAGCUUCUAUUGCAAGACCUGCUUAAAUGCAUCAGUGAUUUUGACCGGUGCUGUAGCGGAAAAAAAAAGGGGCAACUUGCCCCGUAGUUGAAUGGACAGAUGAGAAGUAAACGCCUUGUAGCACUUUGGUUCAGUUGCGAUCUGAUGGUUUAGGCUCCUCAGAUCGGGAAGGUUGUCCGCGUCGGGUGCUCAUUUUGUGGCUGUAUUUUUUUUUUUUUGGAAGGGGUUUCUCUGGGUGUGGGGGUUCUGAAGCAAGUGUACCCGACUGCGCCAAGAUCACAAUUCUCGGGGAAUUAACCAAGAUUCUCCACUGGAACGUAUUUUUUUCAUGUCCGAAGUCCCUGGUUUAUGACAAUGGAUUAUUUGCUGUUUGUGUGCGGCUUCAUAUUGCCUGCGGUUAUAGCCGUUGAAGAAACACUGAUGGACAGCAAGUGGGCUACGACGGAGCUGGCUUGGACUGCGCAUCCAGAAAGCGGGUGGGAGGAGGUAAGCGGCUACGACGACGCUAUGAACCCCAUCCGGACGUAUCAGGUAUGCAACGUGCGUGACCUGAACCAGAACAACUGGCUGCGUAGCGACUUCAUCCCCCGGAAGGACGUGCUGCGCGUCUACGUGGAGCUCAAGUUCACCGUGCGAGACUGCAACAGCAUCCCCAACAUCCCGGGCUCCUGCAAGGAGACCUUCAACCUCUUCUACUACGAGUCGGAUGCCGACACAGCCAGCGACAGCAGCCCGGCGUGGAUGGAGAACCCUUACGUCAAGGUGGACACCAUUGCGCCCGACGAGAGCUUCUCUAUGCUCGAGUCCGGCCGCGUCAACACCAAAGUCCGCAGUUUUGGGCCACUCUCCAAGGCCGGGUUCUACCUGGCCUUCCAGGACCUGGGGGCCUGCAUGUCCCUCAUCUCCGUCCGCGUCUUCUACAAGAAGUGCUCCACCACUAUCGCCAACUAUGCCGUGUUCCCCGAAACGGCCACGGGGGCCGAGGCAACGUCGUUGGUGAUCGCCCCCGGAGUGUGCGUGUCCAACGCCGUGGAGAUGUCCGUCCCCAUCAAGCUCUACUGCAAUGGCGAUGGCGAGUGGAUGGUCCCCAUCGGCUCUUGCACCUGCAUGGCCGGGUUCGAGCCUGCGAUGAAGAACACCCAGUGCCAAGCCUGCAGCCCGGGAACCUUCAAGUCCAAACAGGGGGACAUCUUCUGCUCACCCUGCCCCCCCAACAGCCGGGCCACCUCUGGGGCUUCCAGCAUCUGUCCGUGCCGCAGCGGCUUCUACCGCGCAGACACCGACUCGCCCGACUCCGCCUGCACCACCAUGCCCUCAUCUCCUCGGAACGUCAUCUCCAUCGUGAACGAGACGUCGCUGGUGCUGGAGUGGGGCGAUCCGCGGGAGUCGGGCGGCCGCGACGACCUGCUCUACAACGUCAUCUGCAAGAAGUGCCCGCCAGAGCGCGGCGCGUGCCAGCGCUGCGACGACAACGUGGAGAUGACCCCGCGGCGCCUGGGCCUGACGCAGCGGCGCGUGGCUGUGCGCCACCUACAGGCCCACACGCAGUAUAGCUUCGAGAUCCAGGCCGUCAACGGCGUGUCCAGCAAGAGUCCCAUAGCGCCGCACUACGCCACCGUCAACAUCACCACCAACCAGGCCGCACCUUCCCCAGUACCUACUGUCCACCUGAUGGGGGCGACGGCGAGCACCAUGAGCCUGUCCUGGCUCCCCCCAGAGAAGCCCAACGGAAUCAUCUUGGAUUAUGAGAUUAGAUACCAUGAGAAGGGACGCGAGGAGGCCAUCGCCCACACGGUGACAGCCCAGCGCAGCUCCGCACGGGUGGAGGGGCUGAAGCCAGGGACGGGCUACGUGGUGCAGGUGCGGGCACGCACCGUGGCUGGCUACGGGCGCUACAGCAACCCGGCGGACUUCAGCACCAACCUGGAGAGUGACCCCGAGAAGUCCCUGCAGGAGCAGCUUCCCCUUAUCGUGGGCUCGGUGACGGCAGGCCUGGUCUUCGUCAUCGCCCUGGUCGUCAUCGCCAUCGUCUGCCUGAGGAAACAGCGUAGUGGAUCGGAACUGGAAUACACAGAGAAACUUCAACAGUACAUAACUCCUGGGAUGAAGGUGUAUAUUGACCCCUUCACCUACGAGGACCCGAACGAGGCCAUCCGCGAGUUUGCCAAAGAAAUCGACAUCUCCUGCGUGAAGAUCGAGGAGGUCAUCGGGGCAGGUAACCGACACAGCCAUCUCAGCAGCGGGGGGACGCCAGCUAGGCACUGCCAGGCCGUACCCUUAAAGGACAUCAGCCCAAGCGGAGAGUUUGGCGAAGUCUGCCGUGGCCGCCUCAAACAGCCGGGGCGGCGGGAGAUCAUCGUUGCCAUCAAGACGCUGAAGGUGGGCUACACGGAGCGGCAGAGGCGGGACUUCCUGAGUGAGGCCAGCAUCAUGGGCCAGUUCGACCACCCCAACAUCAUCCGCCUGGAGGGCGUGGUCACCAAGAGUCGGCCAGUCAUGAUCGUCACAGAGUUUAUGGAGAAUGGCGCCCUGGACUCCUUCCUCAGAAUGAACGACGGGCAGUUCACGGUGAUCCAGCUGGUGGGCAUGCUGCGCGGCAUCGCUGCUGGCAUGAAGUACCUCUCGGACAUGAACUACGUGCACCGGGACCUGGCAGCCAGGAAUAUCCUGGUCAACAGCAACCUGGUGUGCAAGGUGUCCGACUUUGGCCUGUCCCGCUUCCUGGAGGACGACUCGACGGAUCCCACGUACACCAGCUCGCUGGGGGGCAAGAUCCCCAUCCGCUGGACCGCCCCGGAGGCCAUCGCCUACAGGAAGUUCACCUCCGCCAGCGACGUCUGGAGCUACGGCAUCGUCAUGUGGGAAGUGAUGUCGUACGGAGAGCGGCCAUAUUGGGACAUGAGCAACCAAGACGUGAUCAACGCCGUGGAGCAGGAUUACCGCCUGCCGCCCCCCAUGGACUGUCCCACCGCCCUGCAUCAGCUGAUGCUAGACUGCUGGCUCAAGGAGAGAAACCUGAGGCCUAAGUUCUCGCAGAUCGUCAACACCCUGGACAAGCUGAUCCGCAACGCCGCCAGCCUCAAGGUGGUCACCAGCACAAACUCAGGGGCCUCCCAGCCCCUCCUCGGUCGCUGCGUCCCCGACUACAGUGCCUUCUCCACUGUGGCCGAUUGGCUGGACGGAAUAAAGAUGAGUCGUUACCGGGACAACUUCCUCAACGCCGGCUUCGCCUCCUUCGACCUGGUGGCGCAGAUGACCUCCGAGGAUUUGCUUCGGAUAGGAGUGACGUUGGCCGGCCAUCAGAAAAAGAUUCUGGGCAGCAUUCAGGACAUGAGACUACAGAUGAACCAAACACUGCCCAUCCAGGUGUGAGCGAAAAAGGGGGAGGGACUUCACCAGAGUGAGCCAAUGUAAACCCCAGCUGCCUGACUGUCUCUGCCAAUCAGAAAACUGACUCGCAGUGCCUCAGACAUUAUUUUUUGUUUGUUUCCUCCACUUCCUGUUUUCCACGUUAUGCUACGUUUACACCUAGCGGAUAUUAAGAUUGUUCUGUAUUUCAAAGAGUCCCAUUACCUGUGCAGACCUUCCUGGAUGGUGUUUGCAUGCGUGUGUGAUUUUUUAAAGCAUUUUCUUUUGUUUUAUUUUACUUUUCUGGCUGGACUUUCGUUCAUUUCUGGGACUCCUCCUAUGACAUCUGUCCCCACGCGAUCUCUCCACUCGAUGGCUGAAACCAGGGAAGAAGGGAGCACUUUACUACGAGUGGAUGACGAGACAAACAAAGGACACGGCGUCUAAAUGAGUGUAAAGCGGAAAAGAGUGUAAUAGACAAUCUCUCCCACAUUCUGUCUCUUUUUGUAUUUUCCGAUCUUCAUAUUGAAGAUGUUUAAUUUUAAAUGCACAUGCCUGAGAGAGAUGAGGCCAGAAGGGACCGGAACGUUCCAGAACUGGAAAGGGGAGGAACAGAAACAUCCAUGGAACCACCGUGAGACUUUAGUGUUGAAUUUCCAGACUAAACCAAGUGUGAAGUCUGGGGUCAAUUAGGAACAGUUUUGCAAUCAUCCUGACUUUUUUUUAAGGAAUUAAAUUGUGGCUAUUCAUUUGUGUGUCAGCCAAUUUUAAAAAUCAUUUAUUGGGAUGCUUAGAGGCUGAUCGCUCUGUGAGACUCAAAGAACACUUCAUCGCGACAUGGAUGGAGGGGGCAAAAGGAUCACAGCGAAAGACUUGACGGAGACACUUUCCAGUUUGAUAUUUGCCUGUGCGUGAGCGUGGCACACAGACACUGAUCCGCAGUGGCGUGUCACAGCAGACACACAGCGCAUGGACUGAACUCAGUUGUGAUCAGAAGACUUUAUUUCUGAGACAGCAUAGCUGUUAUUCUAUUGAUAAUUUUGCAAUUUUUAUUGGUUCUAAAAUAAAAAAUAUAUAUGCAUUGUUCAGAAAUUCAAACGUGACUGCAGAAAAGGACCUUAUGUCUCUCUUCAAUAAUAUACCUUCCUAUUUUAUCCCUC